AUGCAUACAUUUUAUUUAACAAUUCUUGUUUUGAACACACAAAUAUUUGGAGACGAAUACGUAGAUAAUUUUGAAGAUAUAGUUUGGCAGCGGUAUAGCCUACGUGAUGAAAAGGAAUCUUUGAACUUAUCCAAAACCUUCUUUCCUCCCUUAAAGAAUUAUGAAGUAAACGCCACCCAGGUGUCGGAAGAUGUGUAUCCGUGGAUUGCCCGGGUUAUUCAUUCUCGGCAUACAGAUAAGCCACACGUGUGCACUGCUGCAUGUGUCAAAGAGGAAAUAUUUGUAACUGCCGCUAGGUGCAUUGCUACCCUACACAUAACCUACACCAGAGUUAUUUAUAAAGACCACAGAAUAUUUUCAAAAGCUUUUAUUGUUCCUUCAAAUGGGUCAAAACAAGGAUAUGAUGAUGUUGGAUUUAUCGUGGUACAUAAACGAUAUUAUAUGGGCGUAUGGAACACAAUAGACAUUUACCCUCUAAAUAGAACUGACACUGCAUAUGAAUGGUUUAGAAAUAGUAGCUUCAAUGAUACUCAUAAAGUAGUGGGUUAUACAAUUAAAAAGGGUUUUCACAGAAUAAGAAAUCCACAAUCAGACUUCUUUCUAACCGAACUCGAAGUUUUCAUAGACAUAACGUUGUGUAAUGAAGUUUAUACGUUCAACAACCUUAUGGGGGACUUCAAUGUGCCUUGCUAUCAUUCUUGCACAUUGGAUGAUUACAGACAUGACGAACCACGAUGUUCCAUGUACCAUGGAGUUGAAGGAGGCGCGGUAUUCAAUACAAAAACCAACAUCUUGCUAGGGGUUGCAACUUGGGGUGCUUUUUAUAGCAAAUAUGAAUUGCCGGUAGGAUUGUCUGUGGUAAAUUCUGCAAGUUUUUAUGAAGACUACGCUUGUGCUAUGAAAAUACAAGAUGAUAGCAGAGUUGAGGUUGAAAAUGGAUUUUAUCAAUCACUUUGCAAUGGACAUUAA